UUUAUCAAAUUUUCAUGAAAGUUCUGUAAAUUACCCAUAAAGAGAGAGUAGUGAUUCUCUUCCCGCUUAGUUCUCUCACUACGAACGGGAAGGGAUUGAAGGGAUUAUUGAAAUGGCUGUAGAAGAACGAUUACCAGAAAAGCUACAGCAAGAAGAUGCAGAACAAACCGGUGAAGAAAGGGAGGAAGAGACUCCAAAACGCUAUGUUCCUCUUCGUGACUUGUAUUCAACAACAACCGCUUGUGGGAAAUCGUCUAAUGUUGUAUCUAAGAAGGUUAAAGUGCGAAAGCUCAACGAUAACUGUCACAAUCAGUUUGAUGACCGGGAUCAGUUGGACGAUGUUAUGUGGUCGAGGCCGCCAGUUGUUCAUGUCUAUUGCCGACGCCCUAAAAUGACACCUGUGGAUGCUGCUGCAUUUGUAACAGUUAAAGAGGAAGUUAAGGAAAUUGUAGAAGAGGGUAAUUGUAGGGAAGAGGAUGUUGUAAAUGGGUCUGGGAGGUUGACGAGAAAGAGGAAAUUGGGUUUGAGAGAGAGCACUGAGCAGGUUAAAUUGGGAAAAUUACGGAAGAUUGAUGGAUCGAGUAAAAAAAUUGGUAACACUGGCAUCAAGAGGAGAAGGAACAAUCUCCAUUUAGGCAAUGAUCGAAAUAAUGAUGAGUCCCCAUUGCCCAAUUCGUCUAACAAGAGAUGGGUUCGGUUGGGGUUCAACAGUAGUAAUGCCAACAAGCUCGUUGGACUGAAAUGCAAGGUUUAUUGGCCUUUGGAUGAUAAGUGGUACAUUGCUCACCUUUCUGGGUAUAAUGCAGAUACUGAUCGCCAUCAUAUUGUCUAUGAAGAUGGUGAUGAAGAAAACUUAGAUUUGUCUAGGGAGAAGAUUAAAAUUUUCAUUUCUGGAGAAGAGGAGCGAAAACUAAACUUGAGUUGCAAUACCAUAACCUCGGAUAUCAAUGAAAAUGACUUCAGUGAGAUGGUUGUGCUAGCUGCCAGUUUUGAUGAUUGCCAGGAGCUGGGACCUGGGGAUAUCAUAUGGGCCAAAGUUACGGGUCAUGCUAUGUGGCCAGCAAUAGUUGUUGAAGAAAAUCUUAUUACUGAUUGCAAGGGUUUAAAUAGAGAUAGAGCUGGAAAUAAAUCUGUUCCAGUUCAGUUCUUUGGAACUCAUGAUUUUGCCAGGGUAAACAUGAAACAGGUCAUUUCAUUUCUUAGAGGACUUCUUUCCUCCUUCCAACUGAAAUGCAAGAAACCACAUUUUGUACGAAGCCUAGAAGAAGCGAAAAUGUAUCUAUGUGAGCAGAAGCUACCUGAAAGAAUGCUACAUACGCGAAAUAGCAACAAUACCGAUGUUUCUGAGAGAAGAAGCCGGGAUAAUGAAUUUGGUGCUGAUUCAGAUGAAGAUUGCUUUGUGGGUGAAAAUAUGAAGAGUAAUUUGGAGAAUUUUGAAAGCUUUCCUCUACAGAUAGGAGAUUUUCAAGUGAUAACUCUUGGAAAAAUUGUGAAUUCAAAGCAUUUUCAGAAUGAUAAAUUCAUCUGGCCUGAAGGAUACACUGCUGUGAGGAAGCUUCCAUCAUUGACAUCAUCAGACCCAACCCAAUGUACCACUUAUAAGAUGGAGGUCACGAGAGAUAAUGCUGCAAGGACUCGUCCAUUGUUUAUAGUUACAAUAGAUGGUGGGGAACAGUUUAAAGGAUCUACCCCAUCUUCUUGCUGGCAGAAAGUCUACGAUAGUGUAAAGGAUAUGAAUGAUUCCUACCAUAGUUUUAUUUCUGAGGGCAAAUUUCGCUCUGGUUCAGAUAUGUUUGGUUUCUCCAACCCCGAAGUAUUAAAACUUAUUAGGAAACUAUCAAAUUCCAAAGCUUCAUCAAAAUCUCAUUCAUGCAAGAUGGCUUCUGAAAGAUCAAGAGAAUUGCCUAUUGGAUACAGACCUGUUCGUGUUAAGUGGAAAGACCUUGACAAGUGCCUUGUUUGCCACAUGGAUGAGGAGUACGUUAAUAAUUUGUUUCUGCAGUGCGAUAAAUGUAGAAUGAUGGUCCAUACUAGAUGUUAUGGUGAAGUAGAGCCUGUUGAUGGGGUUAUUUGGUUAUGCCAAUUGUGUCGUCCAGAGGCUCCCCAGGUUCCUAUCUGCUGUUGUCUUUGUCCUGUCACAGGUGGUGCUAUGAAACGAACAACUGAUGGUCAGUGGGCUCAUCUUGCUUGUGCUAUGUGGAUUCCAGAAACCUGCCUAUCUGAUAUCAAGAAGAUGGAACCCAUAGGUGGAAUUGAUAGAAUUAAUAAGGAUCGCUGGAAGCUUUUGUGCAGUAUAUGUGGUGUUGCUUAUGGGGCUUGUAUACAGUGUUCCAACAAUACUUGCAGGGUAGCAUAUCAUCCAUUGUGCGCACGUGCUGCAGGCUUUUGCGCAGAGCUUGCAGUUGAGGAAAGAUUGCAUAAUAUUUCUAUGGAUGAAGAUGAGGAUGGGCAAUGCAUUCGUUUGCUCUCCUUCUGUAAGAAGCAUAGACCUGUGGGUAAUGAACGAUCUAAAGCUGAUCAUCGCACUGUGCCCGAUACCUGCCAGGAAGGUUACACUCCCCCAACCAAUCCUUCCGGCUGUGCUCGCUGUGAGCCGUACAAUUGGUCUGACAGAAGAGGUAGGAAAGAACCUGAGGUUCUGGCUGCUGCAUCAUUGAAACGGUUAUAUGUAGAGAACAUGCCAUACUUAGUGGGUGGAUACAGACAACAUGAAUUCUUUGGCAACUCAUUAGUUUCAAGUUCCACCGUCUCUAAGGUGGCCAUUAGCCUUCAAAAGUUGAAUGUUUUGCGGCUUAAUGCUCCUGAAAGCAUUUGUUCCAUGGCAGAGAAGUACAGAUACAUGAGGGCAACUUUUAAAAAGAGACUGGCAUUUGGUAAAUCUAGAAUACAUGGAUAUGGCAUUUUUACAAAACUGCCCCACAGAGCUGGAGACAUGGUAAUUGAAUAUACUGGUGAACUUGUUAGACCCUGUAUUGCAGACAGAAGAGAACAUUUGACAUACAAUUUAUUAGUGGGUGCUGGAACUUAUAUGUUCCGUGUUGAUGAUGAACAAGUUAUCGAUGCCACCAGGGCUGGAAGUGUGGCACAUUUGAUUAACCACUCGUGUGAACCUAAUUGUUACUCAAGAGUUAUAAGUGCAAACGGUGAUCAACAUAUAAUCAUAUUUGCAAAAAGAGAUAUUAAACAAUGGGAAGAAAUCACAUAUGACUACAGAUUUUUUUCGAUAGGUGAGCAACUAGCAUGUUACUGUGGUGCUCAAAGGUGCAGAGGUGUUGUGAAUGACACCGAAGCCGAGGAGCAAGCGUCUACUUUAUGUGUACAGCGUAGAGUUUUGACAGAAUGGAGAGGAUGAAGAAUUUUUACAAAAUACCUUUCAACAUCUCCAAUCGUAGAAUUUGGAUACAUUCUUUUUUCAUUUUCCGUUGGAUAUUUUAAAUACUCGUGACAUUAGAUGAAGAAACAAGGAAUCCAAUCCAAUAUUUAUGGGCUAGUGAUAGGGUAGAACUUGAUUCAAAUUCAUGUGAAUUCUUGGAAUAUGGAUAUACUCUUUCGAGGUAACAACUUUAUGAUAAUAUACAUUUUUUCUUAUUAAA